AUGGACAAAUACUUGUCACCUCAGUUCCAGACAUUGCCAGAGCAUAAGAAGUUUAAUCAGAAUGGAUUGCUGACGAUGGACCAGGGCUCACCUUACAGCAUCAACAUGAACGUCUUCCUGCCCAGCGUCCCCUACAUGCACACUGGUCCUUGCCGGCUGACAAGGUCUACAGUGGCACCCCAAAUUAAGCCAGAACCCAUGCACACACUUGGAUACCCAAGCUGCCAGAGCACAGUUACAGCAGCUCUGCAACCAUCAAAUGAAUACGCACAUCACUUUAACCCAGCCAACGGAACAGCUCAUAUUAUUAAACAAGAGACACUUGACUUUCAAGACAUUCCUUUAAUCCAACUUUUGAAUUCAGACAUCGAUUCUGUAGCCCCGGGUCCCCACUCAUUCAGCCAGCCACAAAAUAAUCUUUGCUUAUCCAUGCCAUCAUUCAACAACGUACAUUCAUCCACUCCACAGAUUUCAGGGAGAGUGAUGUGUGGCAUGAACAGUAGUGGAUCUUCUUCCGCCGGUCACUACGUUCAACCUCAUCAUCAGUCGAAUGCAAUAUACCUUCCCCCCUCCCCUCCCAAUUCUGAACCCAGCAGCCCUGAUAGGAGGAAAGCACUACUUCAAAAGCUGUCUCCCCCUCCUUCCUACACUGCCAGUAUGGCAUCUAAACUUGCAGGGCCGGCUUUAGGCCCUGGAGCGUCCGUGCCAGUUCAGAUGCAAGCCGUGCCUGCCAGGCAUAACCGCAGGAGCAAUCCUGAUCUAGAGAAGCGGAGGAUACAUCACUGCACUGUCCCAGGUUGUAAGAAGGUCUACACCAAGUCCUCCCACCUGAAGGCACACAUCCGCACUCACACAGGUGAGAAGCCGUACCAAUGCAACUGGGAGGGCUGUGAUUGGCGCUUUGCCCGUUCCGAUGAGUUAACCCGCCACUACAGAAAGCACACAGGUGUGAAACCCUUCCACUGCUUAGUCUGUAGCCGUAGCUUUUCACGAUCUGAUCACCUGGCCCUGCACAUGAGGAGACACCAGAGCUAGAAGCCCACAGCCACACUGCAUAUCCUGACUUCCUGUGUAGAACUUUGGUGUGGUAGGAUUGCUUUUGUUUUGGCAGCUAAUGAUGUGCAUACGUAGCAACUGUGUUUGCACUAGACCUGUUGCCCAUGUGGUACAGCUAAAAAAUAAGAUUUUUUAAUCAGGUAUUAU